AUGGGGGCGAACGGAAAAAAUUUGACGACAACCACCACCACCGAUGAGAGGGAACUAACAAUAAAAGACUAUAAGGUUGUUGUUUUGGGUGCCGGGGGUGUGGGCAAAUCACUGGUGACGGUCCAGUUCGUGCAAGGCGUGUACGUCGAGCUGUACGACCCCACCAUCGAGGACCUGUACCGCAAGCAGAUCGAGAUCGACGGCCGGGCGUGUGACCUUGAGAUCUUAGACACCGCCGGCGUCGCCCAGUUCACCGCCAUGCGCGAGUUGUACAUCAAGUCGGGCAAGGGGUUCUUGUUGGUGUACCUGGUCGACGACGAAAACUCGUUGAAGGAAUUAUUAGCAUUGAGAGAACAAGUGUUACGGAUCAAGGACCUGGACAACGUCCCCAUGGUCCUCAUCGGCAACAAGUGUGACUUGGAGGAGGAAAGAGUGUUACUGAUCGAGGACGGGAUCAAGGUGCUGAAGGAGUGGGGGAUGGUGCCGUUCUACGAGACGCUGGCGAUGUACAAGACCAACGUCGACGAAGCGUUUAUCGAUGUUGUCCGCCAGAUCAUGCGCAUGGAGGCCCAGGUGCUGGCGGAGAAGAAGAAGGAGAAGGCGGCGAAGCAGCAAGUGGCCGGCGACGCCGGCGCUGCCACCCAGCCGCCGCUGCUGCGGGCGGUAACCGAUGCUGGCACCGUACCCCCGACGAAACAAACGAGUAGCGCCGCUCCCGCCCGCCAACUCCAGCUGCAGAAGGCGAAGCCGGACACGGGCAAGCUGAAGUGUUGCGUCAUCGUUUAG